GUUCGCGCUCCGCUCCGUGCCUCGCCUGCCGCCGACUAAAGCCUGUGGACAUUUUGUCUGAAAAAGGCAGAGAGUAAAAUCCCAUUCCGGCUCGGGGGCUGUUAGGAUGCAGGCGGCGCCCGGAGACCCGAGCUGCGGCCUCAGAGGGGAGGUCCCGGCGCCUGAGGCGUCAGAGGCGCCCUUGGGCGACGCCGGGAGCGGAGGUGCGCGCACGGAGCCCCAGGGCAGCGCUGUGAGCGCAGCUGUUAAAACUCAAGAGGAAGAAGUCAACUGUAUGUCCAGAGCAGAUCAACAGAAUGAACAAAAAUCAGGCAUUGAUCAGAAGUCUGAAACCAGCUCAUCCAGUCAAAGGAGAGAAGGAAAGAGAGGCUCUGUAAGAAUGACGAAAAAGAUUCUGCUAGACAUCUGUAAACAGCAGAAAUUAUACUGGACCCCAUACUUAAAUGAUACACUGUACUUGCAUUAUAAAGGAUUUGACCGACUGGAGAAUCUUGAAGAAUAUACUGGACUGAAGUGUUUGUGGCUGCAAUGCAACGGCUUAAGAAAAAUUGAGAAUUUGGAGGCUCAGACAGAGUUGCGUUCCCUCUACUUGCAACUCAAUUUAAUUGAGAAAAUUGAAAACCUUGAGCCCUUACAAAAGCUGGAUUCUCUCAAUAUCAGUAACAACUACAUUAGGACCAUUGAGAAUCUCUCUUGUCUGAAAGUCCUGCAGACUCUGCAGAUCGCUCACAAUAAGUUGCGAACAGUGGAAGACAUCCAGCACUUGCAGGAAUGCCCGAGUAUUUCUGUUCUUGAUCUUUCCCACAACAAUCUAAGUGAUCCGAGUAUUGUAGCUGUUCUGGAGACCAUGCCCAACCUGCAUGUGCUGAAUUUGAUGGGAAACGAGGUGAUAAAGAAAAUUGCUAAUUAUAGGAAAACACUCACUGUUCGACUAAAACAGCUGACAUAUCUGGAUGACAGACCAGUUUUCCCAAAGGAUAGAGCCUGUGCAGAAGCCUGGGCUGUUGGAGGGCUUGAAGCUGAGAAAGCAGAAAGGGAAAAAUGGGAAACCAGAGAGAGAAAAAAAAUCCAAGAUAGCAUUGAUGCGUUAGCAGCAAUUAGGCAAAGAGCAAAGGAACAGAGGAGACAAAAGUGCAUGGAAGGAGUUGCAACAGAUACCCAAGAAGGAGCACCUGCAAAUUCAGAAGAGGGUGAUGGAAAUUCUAAAACAUCAGAAACUUCAAAUAGAUCAGAAGAAGAAGCUCAAGAAAAGACCGAGAAAUUUAAAAAUGAGGGGUUUGAUAUUUGUGAUGAAGUGGUAACACUUCUACCAAAUACAGGACAUAACAGAGAUUUCACAUCUGGAAAUACGCCUGAUGAAGUUCAAGAUGAUGCACAGGAACCAGACUCUUACAAAUCUGCAAUUUUCAACAAGGAGACAGAUGAUCUACCAGGACAGCAGGCAGCUACUGACAAGGCCAUGCUUCCUGAGAGGGAGGAAUAUGCUGAAAUUGAACAGUUCAAACUGGAGACACUGGAGACACUUUCUCUCGAUGAACUGCCUGAUUUAGAAGAUGUAGUUGUGAGUGAGUUUCCCCCAGAAGAGGAAAUCUUUGUUCAGCAGGACUAUCACCCAAAGAUUGAAAUAAUUUCUGAAGUGACAAAUGACACCAGUUCUGCAUUAGAGGAAAACAAUAAAAGCAUGCUUGAUAGUUCAAUAGAAGAAGUUCCAACAGCAAUUUUUUCAAAUGUAUAUCAGAACCAUAAGGAGUAUGAAAAGGAGCACUUAAGACCCCUUCUCAAAAGCCUCUUUACAGAGCCUGGUAAUUCAGAAAGAUACCUGGAGAUCAAAGAUAAAGAAGUAUCCCCUUUGAAACCCUUGAUACAAGAGGUAAUCACUGAGCCCAAAGAUCAUCUGCUGUUGUCACCAGUCUGUCAUCAACCAGAUGACCCAAGCUCGUGGGAAGAGGAUGGGAAUGGCAGUAAUGGAGAAGCACAGGGGCUGGCUGAGGGGGAAGGAUGUCCUCAUACAGCACGAGGUGACAAGGAUGGUGAGGAUGGAUUGGAUUAAUCACUUCAAAGAAAACAGACCAAACCUGGCACACAGUGUCUGACUGCAUGGAAAUACUCUCAAAAUACGGAGGCUGGCAUCAGGACCAUUUGUUAAAAGUGAGUAACACUGUGAUAGCAAAACUCACUGCCCUUGGCUCCAAGCUCCUCAGGGCAGCUGCCUGUUCACUACUUUGAAAGCCUCUGCUUUGAGGUUAAAUUCCAGUCUUGUGUUAUUUGUGCCUUUGCACCCUUCUAGAAACACCUUAGUUACACGUUUAUA